UGCAUUUUUCUCCAGCGAGAGGAAGGAUGACUCCUAGACCUGUCUUUGUCCCAUACUUGGGAAGAUAAGCUGUUAGUUUACAUUGCCAAGAUGAAAUUCAACUGAUCUGUUUUAAAGAUCUUGCGGGCCAACAAGGAAUUUCCUUGGGGAGGUGUGUGGCCUUUGAUCGUUGUAGCUAUCUAUUUAGCAACAAAAUGGGAGGCAGUGUUGCCUGACUCAGUUUCCAAGCUUGACUCUUCCCUUUGGCAUAGUGAGUUUGGAGUCCAGAGAUUUUUAUUUUCCCUUCACAAGCUGAACAGGAGCCUUUGGAGAGAACGCUCUGGACCGGUGAGUGAGCCAUGAGGUCGGGCCACAGGCUCUGAAGUCGUGAAGCCUUGGGACGGAGCGGGUGGUGCUUCGAGGAAGCGCGCCCCCGGGGCCGGUCCCGGAGGGCUCGAUCCGCGUCUACAGCAUGAGGUUCUGCCCGUUUGCUGAGAGGACGCGUCUGGUCCUGAAGGCCAAGGGAAUCAGGCAUGAAGUCAUCAAUAUCAACCUGAAAAAUAAGCCUGAGUGGUUCUUUAAGAAAAAUCCCUUUGGUCUGGUGCCAGUUCUGGAAAACAGUCAGGGUCAGCUGAUCUACGAGUCUGCCAUCACCUGUGAGUACCUGGAUGAAGCAUACACAGGGAAGAAGCUGUUGCCGGAUGACCCCUAUGAGAAAGCUUGCCAGAAGAUGAUCUUAGAGUUGUUUUCUAAGGUGCCAUCCUUGGUAGGAAGCUUUAUUAGAAGCCAAAAUAAAGAAGACUAUGCUGGCCUAAAAGAAGAAUUUCGUAAAGAAUUUACCAAGCUAGAGGAGGUUCUGACUAAUAAGAAGACGACCUUCUUUGGUGGCAAUUCUAUCUCUAUGAUUGAUUACCUCAUCUGGCCCUGGUUUGAACGGCUGGAAGCAAUGAAGUUAAAUGAGUGUGUAGACCACACUCCAAAACUGAAACUGUGGAUGGCAGCCAUGAAGGAAGAUCCCACAGUCUCAGCCCUGCUUACUAGUGAGAAGGACUGGCAAGGUUUCCUAGAGCUCUACUUACAGAACAGCCCUGAGGCCUGUGACUAUGGGCUCUGAAGGGGGCAGGAGUCAGCAAUAAAGCUAUGUCUGAUGUUUUCCUUCACUAA